GCGCCGCGCAUCCCGCUCGCUCACACAAAGCCCAGACGCGGAGAAAAUGGCGGCAGGGGUCGAAGCAGCAGCCGAGGUGGCGGCGACGGAGCCCAAAAUGGAGGAGGAGAGCGGCGCGCCCGGCGUGCCGAGUGGCAACGGAGCUCCGGGCCCGAAAGGUGAAGGAGAACGACCAGCUCAGAAUGAGAAGAGGAAGGAGAAAAACAUAAAAAGAGGAGGCAAUCGCUUUGAGCCAUAUGCCAAUCCAACUAAAAGAUACAGAGCCUUCAUUACAAACAUACCUUUUGAUGUGAAAUGGCAGUCACUUAAAGACCUGGUUAAAGAAAAAGUUGGUGAGGUAACAUACGUGGAGCUCUUAAUGGACGCUGAAGGAAAGUCAAGGGGAUGUGCCGUUGUUGAAUUCAAGAUGGAAGAGAGCAUGAAAAAAGCUGCUGAAGUUCUAAACAAGCAUAGUCUGAGUGGAAGACCACUGAAAGUCAAAGAAGAUCCUGAUGGUGAACAUGCCAGGAGAGCAAUGCAAAAGGUGAUGGCUACGACUGGUGGGAUGGGUAUGGGACCAGGUGGCCCAGGAAUGAUUAAUAUCCCACCCAGUAUCCUAAAUAAUCCUAACAUCCCAAAUGAGAUUAUCCAUGCAUUACAGGCUGGAAGACUUGGAAGCACAGUAUUUGUAGCAAAUCUGGAUUAUAAAGUUGGCUGGAAGAAACUGAAGGAAGUUUUUAGUAUGGCUGGUGUGGUGGUCCGAGCAGACAUUCUUGAGGAUAAAGAUGGAAAAAGUCGUGGAAUAGGCACUGUUACUUUUGAACAGUCCAUUGAAGCUGUGCAAGCUAUAUCUAUGUUUAAUGGCCAACUGCUAUUUGACAGACCAAUGCACGUGAAAAUGGAUGAGAGGGCCUUACCAAAGGGAGAUUUUUUCCCUCCUGAGCGUCCACAACAACUUCCCCAUGGACUUGGUGGUAUUGGCAUGGGGUUAGGACCAGGAGGGCAGCCUAUUGACGCUAAUCAUUUGAAUAAAGGCAUUGGAAUGGGCAACAUAGGACCCGCAGGAAUGGGAAUGGAAGGCAUAGGAUUUGGAAUAAAUAAAAUGGGAGGCAUGGAGGGACCCUUUGGUGGUGGUAUGGAAAACAUGGGUCGAUUUGGAUCUGGGAUGAACAUGGGCAGAAUAAAUGAAAUCCUAAGUAAUGCACUGAAGAGAGGAGAGAUCAUUGCAAAGCAGGGAGGAGGUGGAGGCGGAGGCAGUGUCCCUGGAAUUGAGAGGAUGGGCCCCGGCAUUGACCGCAUUGGGGGUGCCGGCAUGGAGCGCAUGGGUGCAGGCCUGGGCCACGGCAUGGAUCGUGUGGGCUCCGAGAUUGAGCGCAUGGGCCUGGUCAUGGACCGCAUGGGCUCAGUCGAGCGCAUGGGCUCCGGCAUCGAGCGCAUGGGUCCGCUGGGCCUCGACCACAUGGCCUCCAGCAUCGAGCGCAUGGGCCAGACCAUGGAGCGCAUCGGCUCUGGCGUGGAGCGCAUGGGUGCCGGCAUGGGCUUUGGCCUGGAGCGUAUGGCCACACCCAUUGACCGUGUGGGCCAGACCAUCGAGCGCAUGGGCUCUGGCGUGGAGCGAAUGGGCCCUGCCAUCGAGCGCAUGGGCCUGGGCAUGGAGCGCAUGGUGCCCGCAGGCAUGGGGGCAGGCCUGGAGCGCAUGGGCCCUGUGAUGGAUCGCAUGGCCACCGGCCUGGAGCGCAUGGGCGCCAACAACCUGGAGCGCAUGGGCCUGGAGCGUAUGGGCGCCAACAGUCUGGAGCGCAUGGGCCUGGAGCGCAUGGGCGCCAACAGCCUGGAGCGCAUGGGUCCCGCCAUGGGCCCGGCCCUGGGCGCUGGCAUUGAGCGCAUGGGCCUGGCCAUGGGUGGUGGUGGCGGUGCCAGCUUUGACCGUGCCAUCGAGAUGGAGCGUGGCAACUUUGGAGGAAGCUUCGCAGGUUCCUUUGGUGGAGCUGGAGGCCAUGCUCCUGGGGUGGCCAGGAAGGCCUGCCAGAUAUUUGUGAGAAAUCUCCCAUUUGAUUUUACAUGGAAGAUGCUAAAAGACAAGUUCAACGAAUGUGGCCACGUGCUGUAUGCCGACAUCAAGAUGGAGAAUGGGAAGUCCAAGGGGUGCGGUGUGGUUAAGUUUGAGUCGCCAGAGGUGGCUGAGAGAGCCUGCCGGAUGAUGAAUGGGAUGAAGCUGAGUGGCCGAGAGAUUGAUGUUCGAAUCGAUAGAAAUGCUUAAGCAGUUGCCUUUUUUAAACAUCGAUACCAGACCUCUGAAUUUGUAUUUUUUCUUGUUAACCAUUUUAAUUUGUUGGCUGGAUGUAUAAAGAUGUUUAAAAAAUUCAGUUGCUUUUUGGGGUAAUUUGAAUUACUUUUUUAAUGACUGGGGUUCCAUUUGACUGUUUGCAUUGAGAUUGCAAUGUGCGCAAUUUUUUUUGUAGUUGUGGCAUCUUGUUGACAUCGAAUAUGACUUUGAUAAUAAAUACCAGUUCCUGAAA